AAACGCCGCGGACCAGCCACCGUCCAAUCUCUUUUUCCCUCUCCGCGAAGCUCCCACUCCCAGUCUGCACCGCGACCUCCGACUACCCGUCGGAUCGUCUCUCUCAUACUCCCGUCUCCAGUCUCUGCUGCGAACCCUCCGUCCUUCUCCAUCUCCGAAAUCUGAGCCCCUUUCCGUGGUCUCGAUCGGAAGGAUGCCCAUCUCCUCCUGCUUCCUUUUCCAUCUCACGACCUUCGAUGCCUAACAUUUCCCACCAAAACGAGCUUUUAAAUCUUGUAAGAGGUGAGAGGAGGAAGGAUUCGUAGUUGGAAUCUAUAUCCACCCGUAACCAUGCCCGUCAAAUGGCUGAUGCACUGGCAGCCGCACCAGGGGGCGACGCUGAACAGCCAGAUCCUGACGGAGGCGUGCCAGUGCGUGGAGAGCCAGCUGGGAGGCGCCAAGGACGGGCGGUGGAAGACGGCGCUCACCUUUUACCGCCCCAUGCUGCGCGACGCGUCGACCCCGGGGGACCUCCCCCGGGAUUUCCUGGGCAUCGCCCUCCACGACCACCCGGGCAGCUACUUCUUCCUCCUCCGCGCCCACCGCCUCAUCCUCCAGGCAGACUCCUCCAUCCAGUCCCUCAUGGAGAAGCUCCAGUCCUACAAGGCCCGCGUCGUCCUCAACUUCGAGGGAUUUCAAUACCGACUUGGUGACUUUCAAGUGAGGGUGGGAAAAUGUGGUCCUUCCCUCUCUGAGGCUUUGAGGGGAAUCAUGAUGGAGGUAGAAUACCUUCCCUUGUCUUCAAUAGAAAAAUCCAGGCAAAUUCUGGAAGAUUUCUUUGACAUAUGGCAGGACAUAGUAAACAGACGUCACUGGCCUGGCCAUUUUAUUCUUAUUGAAACCAAAUUUUGCAGACUAUGGCCUUCAAGACCAUUAUACUCCUCAACAUACAGCGGUACAAUAUGCCAAGUUGCAUGGCCCAACUGA